AUGUCCACAUUUAAUGAUUCUCAUGAAAAUAUUAGAAAAGAAAUCGAGUUUUACAGAGAUAAAAUGAAUAAAAAACUAAAUAAAAAAGUAAAACAAUCUAACAAUAUUAAUCAAACCAAGUUCGCAAUAGUAAAUGAUUGUCUAUCCAUGAUCGUCUCCGAGAAACCUGAAAUAACUGAUCGAAAUAAAGAAUCUAGGAGUUUGACAGAGAAUUUGUUAUGCUUUACUAGUGAUUUUUGUCAUUAUCCGGAUGACAAUUUGGCGGAAAUUGUGAUUGACUUGCAUAAUAGAAUGAAAAACAUGCCAAAAUCUCCACGUGAAGGCGAAGAGUUACAUUUACCUGGUUUACAAGACCUAAUCUUUGAAAAGUAUGUUGAUUAUGCCGGAUACACGGCGAAGUCAAAGUGCAUAUUACAAUCGGGUUUGAAAAAUCAUACAACAAUUGCAUGGCAUAACACAAUUGACAGAUAUAUCGAACGCAAUGAUAAUCGUUUAGAAUUGAGAGCAAUUGAUAAUAUGUUUCAAAUUCUAUGA